ACAAAAACCUCCGAUUCCAAAUCCACGAGAGAAAGAGAAAGAAUCGGAGCCAUUCAUCGACUCGCCGAUCGUAGCUGUUUCGAUAUCGAUCCGAUGGCCCGUGCUCUGUUCAAUCCCCGCCUCGUCGUCGCUUCCCUCGCCGAGGGUGCCGCCCUUGUAUCGCGCAGAUAUGCUGCUGCUGCAGCCGCGGCGGAAGCGGGGGUGAAAGUUAGGGCAGCGGAGGAUAAGGCGGUGGCGGUGGUGAUAGGGAGGAAGGCGGAGUCGGCGGCCGCAGAAGCGGCAUGGGUGCCGGAUCCGGUGACCGGGUACUACCGGCCCGGGAACCGGGCGGUGGCCGUCGAUGCGGCGGAGAUGAGGGAGAUGUUUCUCCCUCGAAGGGCCCGCGAAUAGAUCCCCACGCAAAAUCCUUUAUUAGCCUUCUUUGGUUGUUAGGCCCAGUUUGAAAAUACCUUGUCCAAAACUCCAAACACAUCAAUAUCAAUAUAUUAAAAAUUUUCGUACUAAAUUUCGAUACAACUUUGCAACUGUCGUGAUCUCUAGAGUAUUAAAAUGGAUACUUUUUUUGGACAACUUAUUUUCAAACUUUAUCCGGUAAUUGGAGUGAGAUGAUUAUUGACAUUUGGGUGGGAAUUAUGAUUUUUAGAGAUAAGUAGUGGGAAACGAUAUAUUAUCAAUAUAAUAUUUACUAUUAUCAGCGCAAAAUGUUCGUGUACUAAAACCGGUGCUACAAAUAGAAGAUUAUUUCGGAGAUCAUCCACAUAUGAAUUCUAAGAACAGAAGCUCUCAUUUUCUAAUUUUCA